AAAGAAGGAAGAAAGGGAGGGAGGGAGGGUGGAGACAGGCCAGUGGGAGGGACCGCCUUAGAGGCAGAAGCGCCGCGAGGAGCCAGCGAAGCACCGCGGGCUGGGGCGCAGCCACCCGCGGCUCCUGGCGUCCCCUUGCCCUCUCCCUUUCGCUCCCUGCGGCAGCCCCCAGCGUCCGUCCCCAGGCAGCAUGGUGAGGUUGGCUGUCGGGCCCUCGCCACCAUGUACGUGAGCUACCUCCUGGACAAGGACGUGAGCAUGUACCCCAGCUCCGUGCGCCACUCUGGCGGCCUCAACCUGGCCCCGCAGAACUUCGUCAGUGCCCCCCAGUACCCGGACUACGGCGGCUAUCAUGUGGCCGCGGCGGCCGCGGCGGCCGCGAACUUGGACAAUGCGCAAUCCCCGGGGCCGUCCUGGUCCGCAGCCUACGGCGCCCCACUCCGGGAGGACUGGAACGGUUACGCGCCGGGGGGCGCCGCGGUGGCAGCCAACGCUGUGGCGCACGGCCUCAACGGGGGCUCGCCGGCCGCCGCCAUGGGCUACAGCAGCCCCACCGACUACCACCCGCACCACCAUCCGCACCACCACCCGCACCACCCGCCCGCUGCGCCUUCCUGUGCUUCGGGAUUGCUGCAGACUCUCAACCCUGGCCCGCCCGGGCCCGCCGCCACUGCUGCCACUGAGCAGUUGUCCCCCGGUGGCCAGAGGCGGAACCUGUGCGAGUGGAUGCGGAAGCCGGCGCAGCCGUCCCUCGGAAGCCAAGUGAAAACCAGGACGAAAGACAAAUACCGGGUGGUGUACACGGACCAUCAGCGGCUGGAGCUGGAGAAGGAGUUUCACUACAGUCGUUACAUCACCAUCCGGAGGAAAGCCGAGCUGGCGGCCACCCUGGGGCUGUCCGAGAGGUUAAAAUUUGGUUUCAGAACCGCAGAGCGAAGGAAAGGAAAAUCAACAAGAAGAAAUUGCAGCAGCAACAGCAGCCUCCACCACCUACAGCCCAGCCUCCCCAGCCGCAGCCAGGUCCUCUGAGAAGUGUCCCGGAGCCCCUGAGUCCUGUGUCUUCCCUGCAAGGCUCCGUGCCAGGCUCUGUCACUGGGGUUCUGGGGCCAACUGGGGGGGUGUUGAACCCCACUGUCACCCAGUGACCUACAGUGGCCUGCAGCAGCAGAGCGAUUUCAGGCUGAGCCAGGAGGAGCAUGGACUCUGCUCGAAUCCUCAGGAGAGACCCCUCCCCUCCCACCCACAAUGUACACCAGCUUAUCCAGCUCUCAGAGGGAAAUGGCGCCAGGAGCAAAUACAAGUGGGGUCGAAGGCCUCAAGGAAGACACUGUCCCAGAAUUUGACUUUUUUCGGCCUGACUCUUUCUGCCAGUGAGGAGACGGAAAUGAUGACCGCCGGGACUUCAGGUGGUACUGGCAGAAGCAUUGUCUCGACUGGCUAAGCAGACCAGGCUUUCAGCCCCUCCUCUCCAGUUCUUUACCUCCAGAAUCUGUAGGAGGCACCUCUGGUUGGAGUUGAGGGGGGAAAGGGACUCAGGGGAACGCCAGUGCGUAGAGCCAAGAUGGCUACUGCCCACUCACUGUCAUCCAAGGACCAGCUGGCCCCUCCAGCUUUAAGGGCAGGCAAAGUUUACACUGCAGAAGUCAGAGGCAGCUAAGAUAGAGACCUGAACCGACUGCAGAACCCCCAGGUCUUUGUCUUUCUUCUCUUCCCUCUCCAGACCAGGAAAGGCUUGGCUGGUGUUUGUGUGGUGAAUGGUGUGAGGGGUGGUUUGGGACUCCAGGCCUGAUGGGGGCCGGAGCUGGGCCUUGUUUAGAAAGCCUGUCACCAGAGCUUCUCUGGGCUGAAUGUAUGUCGGUGCUAUAAAUGCCAGAGCCGACCUGGACUUCCUGUCCUUUUCACAAUCUUGGGGCUGACGAAGAAAGGGGGUUGUUGCUGCUGUUUGAGUUGUUGGUCUGUGUAACAUCCCAGCCAGUCUUUACAAAGCCUCUGGAUCCAUGGGGAGAGAAGUGACAUGGUGAAGGGAAGUGGGGGUAUUUGAACACAGUUGAAUUUUUUCUAUAAAGAAAAAAAGAUAAAUGAGCUUUUCAGAUUUCAGAUUCUGUAUUUAUUGUCUUCAGAUUUUGUCAAGAAUUAUUAUUUUUUUAAAGAAGAAAGGAACAUCUUCUCUCCUUGCCAAGGAGAAUUAGCAAAAUCAGGGAGAGGGUGGGGAAGGUUAUCUGGACAACCUCAUUUUACCCCAGAGCGUUAGAAGCCAGACAGAGCAGGUUCUGAGACCUUCCCUGCCCCCAAGCUUGAGCCCAGCCUAGAUUGUGAAACUCCUGGUUCUCCUGGGGGUGCCUCUGGGCAAAAUGCACAUCUGAAUGGGCUGCUGCUUCCUAGCUGCGUGAGUUUUGGGGGCUGGGACUCAGAGAGCCCCUCAUGGCUCUCAUCAAAUCCACACCAAGGCAAUUGCAAACAUUCCCUUCACCAGUGAUUCCCUUCUUCCUAAGGAAAGCUCCACAAUCCAGCCAGUUAAACCUGAGCAUUAAGCUAAAAAAAAAAAAAAAAAAAAAAAGUUUGUUUUCCCAAGGAAUAUUUCCAUGAAUACAGUUUGUGAAUACUCGGGCAUUGAUGGGAGCCCCUUCUGCCACCACCCCUUGCCCUCCCCCUCCCCUCCCCCCACCUGUCCCAUAAACAAGAAUUUGAGAGCCAGUAUAAGAAGAUCCUUUUAGUGACGGUUGCUUGUUAUCCGGCUGAUUCGCUGGGGACCUGGCUGCGGUUCUUGAGGUUCUUGGUCCCAGAAACGCCGAGCUGGGCACUCUGCGCAUGGCUUCGCCCUCCGUUUGGGUCUUCUCAUGAGUCCCUCGAGCCCUACUCAGAGCCUCCUGGAAGGAGGAGGUGCCCCGAGGGCUGGGGAGGACCAGCGGAGCUGCGAGGCAUAAAUCCCUCUGCAGCAUCCCCCCAAUUCCGCGUUCUUUCCGGGUGGCACAUUCGCUCUGGGGUUGGGAAGGGGCUCUGGUGGCUGAGCCUGGAGUUGGGGGGUACAGUGCCUGGCCGCCUCGCCCACGGGAGAAGUCGAGUUGGAGUCCGCUGAGCAGGGAAUCCCCGGGCCCCAGCGUGUCGCGCCGAGAGGGGAGCCCAGCGCCCGCGCGGACUGUGUCCCCCUCGCGCACCUCCCCCCCUCCCGCCUCCCCUCCUCGCCGCCGCCGCGGUUGCUAUGCGUUGCCGUGAAACGCCUGUCAAUAAACCCUGUUUGGAGUGGAGCGAGAGCCCAAGGGCUGUUUGUUUAGUGGUUAGAGGUUCAAAAGUCGGCAUUGUCCCGCGGCUAGCGAUUACAGCUCUUCCCCUGCCGGGCCCGGUCUCGGGCUCUGACGCCGGCGCUAGUCCGCCCGCGCCGGGCGCUUCCGGGCGAGGAGGGCGCUCAGCUGCUCCGAACGCCAGGACCCGCGCGGGCCGCCAGCCGCCCCGCAGUCUCCCGGGCCCGGAAAAGGCACGAAAUGCGCGGCCGCGCUGGCAAAGCGGGACGCCCGCUCCGACGCCAGGACAGCGCCUCGGGAGCAAGCCCGGAGCACUGGACGUGGCGCGGGUGGGCAGAGCAGCUUGGGGAGGCUUGGCAAGAUCGGUGCUGGGACGCAUGGGCUUAUAUUUGACAGGAUGACUUCCGGAUGCGGGCGCCCCUGGAGCGUGGCCGGCACGGGGUCCCCGGAAUCCCGCGGUCGCCUGGCACCUGCUCCUGGAUCGGGCCGCCAGGGGGCGCGCGCGCUCUGGGAAGAGCGCCUCGGAUCCGACCCGGUACCCAGUUCUGACCCAGCAGGACGUGCCAGCUCCAGCACCUCUCCCACCCCAACCUCUUCCAAACUGGGGCCGGGCGAGAUUUCCCCACUAGGGCAACGCUCCUGCUGAAAAUGAAGUUCAGCGAAGGCAGGCUCAGAGGAUUCUUGGAUCUGUUCGGUGCUUAAGAAAAAAACAAAUUUGGCGGAGCGGAGACUGCCACCAUUCUAAAAGAGUCUUUUUGCACAGGACGUUUCCUUAAAAAAUUACAGUAGCCCUAGCCGGUUUGGCACAGCGGAUAGAGCGUCGGCCCACGGGCUGAAGGAUCUGGGUUCGAUUGUCCAUCCCAGGCGCAUGCGGGAGGCAACCAAGGAUAACCAACGUGUCUCUUUCACGUCCGAGUUUCUCUCUCUGUCUUUCCCUCCUUUCCCCUCUCUCUAAAAAUCAAUAGAGAAAAUAUCCUCGGUUGAGGAAUAACAAAAAAGAAAAGAGAAAAAAGUUACAGUACUUUGGGUAUGAUACUAAUAUUUGGAAAGACUGAGAACUUAGGAUAAACAAGGGGAAGAGGAAGUGCCAGCAUUAUGGAACUUAUGUUUUUU